CAAAGAAAUCCUCCUAAAACCCUCUUCUGAAAUUCCAAAACCUCCAUUUCCGUCUUCAAUCUCCUUGGUCACAGAUGGCUUUAGGGCGAUUACAGGCGCUUCGAAACCUUCCAAACAUCUAUCAAACAGUAGAAAUUCGAGAGUUUUCUACCUUACUAGCCAGCUCAAGAAGCAAUUUGAAAUCUAUUACAAAUGUUCCACAUAUCACACUGAGGAGCAUAUCAUCCUGUAUGCAUAAGGACCAUGGAGGUAUACCCUGGACAUCUGGAGAUAAUACAAUGCUUCGUUCAACUACGACGCAGGAGCCAAUAAGCUAUGGUUACAUGCGAUCAGUUACAACGCAAGCAAAAGCUCCAGCCCAAGCACGGCAAAUGGGAGCAGUCAAAGUGUCUAUGCUGAGUCCUGGAAUCAUAUAUGAGCCUUAUGCCCCUCGUGACAAAAUCCCAUUCUGGAAGCGAUAUUUCACUAGAGAUGGUUGGAAAAGGACAAAAGAGGAUCUUACUUCAGAGCUCAAAAAUGCAUACGCCAUUUCUAAAUUACGAAAAGCUGGAUAUUCAAAACAAAAGUUCUAUACUGAAGCUGUUAGUAUAUACAAAGAGAUAAAUUCCCAAAUGGCGAACGGAGGAAAGGCAACUUUGAGGAAAUUAGUUACAGAGCAUAUGUACUCUACUCUCAAGAAUGAGAUCAAGCAACGAGAAUCAGUGUGGCCUACUGUCUACUGGGAACUAAUUGAACCAAUUGUUAAAGUGCGAACUCUGCGAGCUCGAAUGAUUGGUGUUGAUCGAAAUGAUCUGAGUAAGGUGUUCAUACAGCUUACACUUGAGUUUCUGGCUAAGCAGAAGUUUGAGGCAUAUGAUGGGAAAGGAGCUGUUGUCUCUGGAGAUAGAAAUAAGGAGGUCUUGGUACGUGAUAUAUGGGUUUUUGAGAAGUCUCUCUUCCACCCUGGAGCAUACUGGCGUUUAUGUGGACGAAUCAAAGUUUAGAUAGACUAUUGUGAAGAGGGAAUGAUCCACUUUAAUUUUGUAAGAUGCUAGAAUUUGUAACCUAUCCAACCCUUAGACACUACGUCUUUGUUUCUCUCAAGCUAUUAUCUGGGACUUCCUCUUGGGUUGAAGAGUACUUUCGUGUGCCUUAUUCCGGAGUCCAUUCAGAAAAUUUUCUUCAGAUGUACAUCUGCCAUUUUAUGACUUAAUAAGCAGGUGCAGUCCUCAUUUGAGCGAAUGUCUCUCAUUUGACUAGGUGAAAAUUGUGUAAAAAGAAGUAUACUCUCUUGCUUGUUUGCUUGAUAAAUAGUAUUCCAUCUUGUUUGGUUUCA